AUGCUAUCAACACUCCAUCACCCUCCACGCUCUCUCUCUCGUUUCUUACCUUCCAAAAGUAAACCUCGCUCUUUCCACACAAAACCCAUUCUCUCUUCCUCACACCCCAUCAUCGAACAACCCCAUCCGUCCUCAACGUCACCACCCCAAUCCCAAAUCCUCUCCAUUCGUCAUUCCCUCCUCUCUCGCCAUGUCACCGCCACUCAGCUGGCCGAAUCCUACUUAACUCGUCUUAAACUCACUGAGCCUCAGCUUAACUCCUUUCUUCACCUCUCCAACAAUGUCUUGAAAGAAGCACAAGCCAUUGAUGAAAAGGUUCAGAGAAAUGAAGAUGUGGGACCCCUCGCUGGUGUUCUUGUAGGAGUCAAAGAUAAUAUAUGUACGGUGGAUAUNGAUCGUCAUAAAUUUGAUGAGCCAAUCUAUCUGCUGGACCAUAUGGAGAGUAUGGGUUGUAAGCCUAACGUUGACAGUUAUAAUAUUAUGAUCGACACCAUUAGCAAGGAUGAAGACGAGGAAGAGGAAGCUAUGUUUCUGUACAAGAAAAUGAUUUUAAUGGAAAUUAGACCAACAGCAUUUACAUAUAACGCCUUGUUAAGUAGAUAUUUUCGAUUAAAUAAGGUUCUAACUGCACAGAAACUAUUUGAUGAGAUGAAACUUUAUAAUGUCGCUCCUGAUUCAUUUACAUUUAGUGUUUUGAUUGAUGGUCUAUCGAAGAAUGACCGUGUUCUGGAGGCAGCAACUUGGUUUCGUACUUUGGAGUAUUAUGAUUUUAAGAUUGAUAUUGGAGUCAUCAACUGCCUCAUUGAUGGACUGUGUAAAAAGGGAAUGAUCGAAAUUGCUUGGGAGAUAUUCCAGAAGUCGCCUCAAAGAGGCAUAAUGCCAAAUGUUGUGACAUAUUCCAUCUUGAUCCAUGAGUUUGUUCGAGAAGAGAAACUACAAGAGGCGUAUGAUUUGUUAUCGGAUAUGGUAAAAAAAGGUUUUGCUCCAAACGUUGUUACAUUCAAUAUUCUGAUGCAAGGUUUCUUAGAAAACAAUGAGGAAGCUAAAGCGGUUGAACUUCUUCACAAAAUGAAGGACAGAAAUGUGAUGCCAAAUGAUUACACAUUGUCCAUGGUCACAGAUCUAGUUUCAAAGGAUAAACAAUUAUUGAAGUUGAUUCCUCAGUUCCCUCCUCAAAAGUGCUGA